UUCAUAUCUUCAUUUAGUAAUUAUCACUUUUCUAUAUUUCAAUUAAUUUUUAUUUUUCAGUUCAAAAUGCCCAAUACAAAAAUUGUUCUUCUUCUAAUAACGCUCUUCUUUGUAAUUACUUCUUUCAUUUCUCAAUCAGCAACCACAGAAAACGAUGCACUUUUUGUUAAUGACACGGAUCAAGACCAUUUAGACUUUACGGAUUUUAAAGAAAGGGGAUUGCCUUUAGUUGAGAAAAAGGCUCAAAGGCGCAUUAGACCGACAAAUUGGUUUAGGUUUUGCUAUGUGUUUAUUUUGCCAAUUAUUGUGGUAGCUCUUAGUGCUUGUCUAAUGGUGAGUUUUCAAAAAAUAGGCUAA